AUGGAGGAAAAAGGCGAUCAAGUCCUGUUGAGUCAUGAUAAUCUCGAUAGAGCUUCACCUGAUUUAUGGCCAGAACAAAUUUCUGGUGUCACCGAAUUCCUUACGUCCCGGCAAAAUGAAAUAAACUUACACACCCCUCCGAAAUAUGCUACUGAUUUGGAUAAAGAAGAUCUGGAACUUAUUCAUGAUUUUGGGAGCCUAUCGACUCAACAGCUAAUGGAUAAAAUUAAACAUUUACAGAAUUUAGCUUACCAAGUUGGAUUGGAAGAAGCAAAAGAAAUGACCCGCGGGAAAUUUUUAAAUAUUCUUGGGAAACGCUAA